CCCAUUCUUCGCCCCUCCUUCUUGUCUUUAUUUAUUCCUCUUUAUUCUAUUUACCAGGGUUGCUUUCUGCCAUUAGUUGUAUGAUAGUAUCGUUAUCUGCAAUUCUUUAGUUUCUCAAUGUCCAAUAACAAGCUAGAAGGCAAGGUAGCCGUCGUUACAGGCGGAGCAAGCGGUAUUGGCAAAGCCACCGCCAGUCUUUUCGCCGAUCAUGGUGCCCGUAUGGUAGUGAUCGCUGACAUCCAAGAUGAACUAGGCCAGCAGGUAGCCGCAUCAAUCGGUUCUCAAAAGUGCAGCUACAUCCACUGUGAUGUUACUGAUGAAGAGCAAGUCAGAGCUUUGGUGGAAUGGACAGUCCAGAAUUAUGGGCAGAUUGACAUCAUGUUUAGUAAUGCAGGGAUACUUUGUUCCAAGAAGGGCACAUCCAACUCCAAUCAAGUCGUUCUUGAUCUAGACCUCGAAGCUUUUGACCACCUCUUCGCCGUCAACGUGCGUGGCAUGGCUGCGUGUGUUAAGCACGCGGCGCGUGCCAUGGUUGACAAGCGCGUGCGAGGGAGCAUCAUCUGCACGGCGAGCGUCACUGCCAGCUUCGGUGGCGACAAGAACACUGACUACUUCAUGUCAAAGCAUGCGGUGCUGGGAUUGGUAAAGUCAGCGAGCAAGCAGCUUGGGGCCCAUGGGAUUAGGGUGAACAGUGUUUCGCCUUUCGCCGUAGCGACCCCAGCGCUGUGUUCUCAGACGAGGCUGGAAGCCGAGGAAGCUGAGAAGCUUUAUGAGCCGUAUACUUGCUUGAAAGGGGUGGUGCUGAAAGAAAAGCAUGUAGCCGAUGCAGUGUUGUUUCUCGCAUCUCAAGAUUCAGAUCUUGUCACCGGUCAUGACAUGGUAGUGGAUGCCGGGUUUCUGGGCAAAUAAACAGGGAACAUAUGUCAAAAGCUGUGGUCAUCAGGCCAAACUGAUCAGAGUAAGAAUCUGAUUAAAUUAUUAUAAUGUUAAUUUGCAGCAAUCUAGGCGGCAUAUGUAAGCUCUCUUGUUCACCGCCAUUUAUCAUAUUUAUAAAUAAAUAGGGAGACAAUUAUUAGUA